AUGUCUCGAACAGUACUGCAAAGUAGGUGCGUGAAAGCAAGCGUUUCCACGCACAUACAAAGACGAGGCGCAGCGGGAUUGGCAUUCUUUAAGAUACCCGCGGUGCAGAACGAGCCCAACCACCACUAUCGUCCGGGAUCGGUUGACCGCAAAAAGCUCGCAGCUGCUGUGGAACGAUUACGGCAGCAGGCUCCUUUGCAAGUACCAAUAGUUGUUGGCGGCAAACAUCUCCGGACAUCCUCAGUGUCUUCUCAGCCCAUCCCAGCCUCCCAUCAAGAAGUAAUUGCAGAAUGGUCGGGUGCCACUGAAGCCCACAUCAAGGACGCUAUCGAGGAUGCCCUCGCCGCAAAAGCGUCAUGGGAGAAGAUGCCAUUCGCCGACAGGGCGGCGAUCUUUUUGAAAGCAGCUGAUCUCGUUGGUGGAAAGUACAGAUAUGAUAUCAUGGCAGCAACAAUUCUCGGUCAGGGGAAGAAUGCAUGGCAGGCGGAAAUCGACUCGGCAGCUGAGCUGUGUGAUUUCUUGCGCUUCAACGUGCAAUAUGCGCAAGAGUUGUAUGCUCAACAGCCGGUGCACAACAGCCCUGGCGUAUGGAACCGAGUCGAGUAUCGACCGCUCGAAGGAUUCGUAUACGCAGUCUCCCCAUUCAAUUUCACUGCGAUCGCUGCCAACUUGCCAGGAGCGCCAGCACUCAUGGGCAAUGUCGUCCUUUGGAAACCUUCGCCAUCUGCUAUGGCCUCGAAUUGGCUGCUGUACCAGAUUCUACUCGAAGCCGGGCUACCUCCUAAUGUCAUUCAAUUUGUGCCAGGAGACGCUGUGGAAGUUACAAAGACAGUGUUGGCGCAUCCAGAAUUCGCCGCUCUGCACUAUACUGGUUCUACCGCAGUGUUCCGAUCGCUUUAUGGACAGAUUGGACAGGCCACGGCAGAGGGCAGAUACAAAGGCUAUCCUCGUAUUGUUGGUGAGACGGGCGGAAAAAACUUUCAUCUGGUACAUCAUUCUGCAGACACUAAGAACGCUGUAAUCAAUACUAUCCGCGGCGCUUUCGAAUACCAAGGCCAAAAGUGCUCAGCGACUUCGCGCGCAUAUUUCCCAGCAAGCUCAUGGGAGGAGUGCAAGGAAAUGCUCGUCUCAGAGGUACAACAGCUCAAAAUAGGCUCACCAGAAGAAUUUGAUAACUUCAUCGGUCCUGUCAUUCAUCAAGGUUCCUUUGAGAAGCUUUCCAAAACCAUUGACGAGGCCAACAACGAUCAUGAGCUAGAAUUGAUCGUCGGCGGCAGGCACGAUAACAGCAAGGGCUAUUUCAUCCACCCGACCAUAUAUGUCACCAAGAACCCUCAACAUAAACUUUUCACGACCGAGCUCUUCGGUCCGAUUCUCGUCAUUCACGUAUAUGACGAUCACGUCGGCGCUGAUUCCGUGAAGGCAUUCGGGGACAUUUGCAAGACCAUCGACACAACUUCCGAAUAUGGACUCACAGGCGCCGUCUUCGCGCAAGACCGAGCCGCAUUACGUUUUGCCGAGGAGGAAUUGCGGAACACGGCCGGCAACUUCUAUUUGAACUGUAAGUCGACUGGCGCCGUGGUCGGGCAACAACCCUUUGGAGGCGCGAGGGCUUCCGGAACCAACGACAAGGCUGGGUCGGCCAAUCUACUGUCCAGGUUCGUGAGCGUGAGGGCAAUUAAGGAGGACUUUAUUGGCAGCGAUGAAGUCAUGUAUCCUUCUAACAAGUUGUGA